AUGACCCUGAAGUCUUUGGGUCUACUACUAGCCAUUGAAGCGAAGCCGAAGACUGGAUUUAACACUGUCACCGGGCAUAAGAAGAUCGAUCCAACCUUGUGGGAAAAGGAUGCUGGACCGGGGGACAGUGUAGAAGUGUUGGUCAACUACACAAUAAGGGCCAUGUAUGAGGCUGCCGUUAGUCAUCACUUUGACCGUGAACUAUUUGAAUGGCUUCAUGAUUACUUCGAAGAAUGGACUCUGGUCGAAUUCAAUAAGCUUGACAGGACCACGAGAAGCAAGCUGAAAGACUUCCUUCAGAUACGUGGUGUUUAUUUGGACCAUAGAGGUAAGAAAAACAUCUCAGAAGGAUUAGUCGAAUUGCUUCAGAUGGAUAUUCCCCCAAGAUGGCCAGAUGACAUGAUCGCCGGCAAGAAAUUUGACUCAAGAUCAAGGAUGGCCUUAGGUCAACAAGCUCAGUUAACACCAAGGAGUGACACCACCCCGCCAGCUAAGAGAAUUAAGAAUCAUAAUAGGGAUCACCUCAUUGGAUUGCCUUAUUCUGACAAGGAAAAGGAAGAGACAACACUCAGGAGAGAUCCAGAGAGAAGAAUCAACAAUAACCCCCUACAGCUGGAGACUCAUGUCCGAGAUCUUGAUAGUCGUACACCCUUGACUGGUGCCAACGCAGUGCCGAUAGGGACACCGGCCCCCAGUCCAAUCAAGAUAUCUACCACACCACCUCCGCGUCCCUCUACGUCGUUGACAUCUGCGAGGCAACUUGAUGAGUACAUGAGAUUGCCGCCUACAGAGUAUGAACAAGAGGAUAUUGACCCGUCGUUGGCCGCAAAGUUUUCCAAGGCAUGGGACAAGGCAGAGAGUUAUUCAGGAGAACGAUAUGAUAUCCUAGACGACAAAGUCCUUGCUUUCCUGAGAGUUUGUCGAUUGAUUGGAGUACAAUUAACGCAAUGUUGGAUACUCUUUCCCGAGAUGCUUUCUGGGCGUGCAAAAACCUACUACAUGCACUAUAUUAGUCAAGAUGCUUCAUUUACAGAUGCGUACAAAGCUAUAAAGGCCAAAACGCUUGUGGAAGCAGUAGAAAUCCUUAUUGAGAAACUUCACUUGUGCCAAUGUGCCCUGGGAAAUGCGUACAAGGGCCAGGAACAUCUAGUUGCUGCUGUCACUAGAGCCUGUCAAGAUUCGCCUGAGAUGAGCGACGCUCUUAGUGAUCCUGCAACGAAUUUUGAGACGUUGGUAUCAAGACUCCGUGCCAGGGCCGCUGUGGUCCAAGGAAAGGAGUCAGCCAGUCAAUAUCUAACCCGAGUUAAAGCCAACUCAGCUCCCAAUGGGAUAGGAGAAGACAAUCCGAUGACGCUGUACACAGAUAGAAAGUUCUUGGGCCGCACAAACCAGAAUAAUCGACAAACCCCACGUCAAGGAUAUCGACGCCAGGGACGUGAUGAUCGUAAUUCCCGCCAACAAGGUGAUAGGAAGUGUUGGAUCUGCCACAGGUCCGAUUGCCGCUCGUUCAAAUACUCCGACGAGGAGCGCCGCAGAGCGAGAGAGCGGUUUAAUGAUUAUCAACAUGUAGAUGGUAGACGCUCCGCUUCUGACCGCACAUAUCGCGCCUUUGUCAUGGACUUUGAAAAGGGCUGUAUGAUUGAGUCAGAUAGUGAGGAGGAUGACGUUGAAGAAGAAGACGAUAUUGAGGACGACGCCACUGCGUAUUUCAUGAUCAACGAACUGCAAGAUCGUUCCUUUAUCCAUUGGAUAAGUGGAUACCACGAUGAUAUCAAUCAGGAAGGAUUCCACCACAAAUUGGAGGUAAGAGAGCUUGAUCAAUCAGAGCGCAAGGAUGGCCUCCUAGAACCUGCUUCUCAAUUUGUACUUGAACACCAUGAAGGCGAGAUUUUCCAAGGAAUUCUUCCAGAUACUGGAGCAGCAAAGGUAUCAACUGUUGGCCAACGUCAACUUGCUGCCUUGCAGAGAAGCUAUCCAGAGAUUACUGUCGAUAGGACCCGUGCAGGAGAGCACUCAAUUCGAUUUGGCCAAGGUGAGAGUGUUCACUCUAAGGGUGCUGUUACCAUAACAACCCCAAUUGAUGAUGUUGAUUUUCAUAUUAUGAACACGCCAACCCCAUUCUUGCUUUGCUUAGACGAUAUGGAUAAACAUGGCGCUUACCUAGAUAACAUUGCGAACUGCAUGGUAAAGGGAGACGUACGGGUCCCAAUUAUCAGAAAGCGAGGCCACCCAUGGUUCUUCCUUGAUAAGAAGCAGGCGCCAGUAACAUUUCUCACAGAGAUUGAGAUGAGACGACUUCACCGUCGGUUUGGCCAUCCUGCGGUUGACCGCUUGCACAAGCUUUUAAAACGAGCAGGCCAUGACGAUAUGGAUUACAACAAUCUUGCAGAAAUUGAGAAGUUUUGCCAUCACUGCCAAAUGAACCGGCAGGCACCACGACACUUUAAAUUCACAUUGAAUGACGAUCGUGAGUUUAACUAUGAGAUUGUCGUCGAUGUUAUGUAUUUAGAUGGCAAGCCGGUGCUUCAUGUUGUCGAUUGGGCGACGUCCUUCCAGGCCGCACGAUUUUUGAAGUCUUUAUCUGCGAAAGAUACAUGGGAAGCGCUCCGGGCAGUGUGGAUUGACACCUAUCUUGGCCCUCCUGAUGUCAUCUCACACGACGCAGGAACCAAUUUUGCCGCAUUAGAAUUUAAAACUGAGGCUAAGAUAAUGGGAAUCCAAUGUCACCAAGUGCCAGUGGAAGCACACAAUGCAAUCGGGAAAGUUGAGCGUUACCAUGCACCACUGCGUAGAGCAUACAACAUUAUAUCGGCAGAACUAGGCGCCAGUGUCGACAAGGACGUGAUCCUCCAGAUGGCCAUCAAAGCUGUCAAUGAUACCGUGGGACCAGAUGGGAUAGUUCCAACUGUACUCGUUUUUGGCGCUUACCCGCGCAUAACGACUGACUCGCCCCCAUCCGCGUUAACUGCUCGACGUGCUGAGGCAAUGAGAAAGGCGAUGGCCGAAUUGAGACGUGCCGUGGCAGAGCGACGAGUCAAUGACGCACUUAACACCAGGAACGGCCCAAUUAUCACGGAAACGCUCAAUCUCGCACCAGGGAGCGAAGUCAAAGUAUGGCGCGAAGGAGAUGGUUGGUCAGGACCGUACAAAGUUAUAUCAGUCAAUGGCCAUGACGUGACUGUAGAUCUUGGAAAUGGUGCUAUUACAUUCAGGGUGACGUCAGUACAGCAGUAUUUACGUGAUAGCAAGGAUGAGAGUGAUCGCCUGAUUAGAUUGCCUCUCUCUCCCCCCCAAGAGGAUCUCAAUCGCCAGGACGGUCGGUCCCAAGUCGACUUCGACCAGACUCCGAGGACUAGAGCAAGGACUGGGGGAGCCCACGCACCGCAGACCCCCGAGAUGCCUGCGUUGCCACGCCGCCGAGGACGACCGCGUGGUUCCAAAAAUAAGCCAAAAGCGUACGCCGAAGUGUUCAUAUCCAAAAAGGAGAGGGACGACCUUGAACUUGCUAUCAAGCUACGGCGUGAAGGCAAGAUCGCUACCAACGGCGCGCCAUUCGAAUUAUCAGGAAAAACAGAGAUUGACAGCUUGAUAGAAAAUGGGACCUUCAAGAUCCUUCACCGUGCCGAUAUGGACCUGCGUGGCAUCAGAAUUUUCAAUUCCCGCCUUGUCAACGAGAUAAAGGGCAAGAAUGAGAUUCCUAUGAGAAAUCUCGACUUGUUAUACAAGAUAUAA